GCACGAUUUAGAUUCAGAUUCAGAUUCAGAUUCAGGGAUCAGAUUUUUCAGUUUCAGUUUCACCAUUGUUGACCUCUUUUCAUCUUCUUCUGCAGCCCUAACCCGUCUUUGCCAGCGUCCACUUCCACUCCCCUCUCGCUUUCUCUCUUUCGAUUCGAAUGCUUCCUCCUUUUUUUCACUCACGGCGCCAAUGCUGAUCUCUUCCGUCCACGGCAGCCUUUCGCCUGUGCCCUUUUAGUGUCUGCCCUCCCAAGCACCGAACAGUGAGCGUCCUUCAUUGCCGUCCAGCUCUUCAAUCUCCGUUCUCUAUUCUGCCUCUUAAUCUGUUUUUCAUAUCCGGUUUCAAAAAUUGAGGAAACAAAGCAUUCCUUUUAAAAGAAUGCAGAAUCAGGAAAAUCUUGAUGCUGAUGGGAAAGUGGAAUCUGUGAUAUCAAUUCAAACACCAGACUACGAUAGUUGGGACACUUUUGGUGACGAUGAAAUCAUGCAGCAGAAAUCUGCAAUUUUUGUUCAGGAGGCUGAGAAAGUUCCAUUUGUUGGUGACAAGGAACCACUUUCUUCUUUAGAAGCUGAAUAUAAAUCCGGAAGUCCCAUUUUGCUGGAGAAAAUUAAGGUGCUCAGCGGCCAAUAUGCUGCCAUUCGUCGAACACGCGGUGAUGGGAAUUGCUUUCUCCGCAGCUUCAUGUUUUCGUAUCUUGAACAUAUUUUAGUGUCGCAAGACACUGCUGAAGUUGAUCGGAUCAAAAUAAAUGUGGAAAAUUGUAGGAAAACACUUCGAAGUCUGGGAUAUACAGAAAUUACUUUCGAAGAUUUUUUUGAGCUAUUCCUUGAGCAGCUGGAAAGUGCUCUUCAAGGAAAUGAAAAUUCUAUAAGUCAUGAUGAACUUGUUCUAAGGAGUCGAGACCAAUCUAUCUCUGAUUAUGUUGUUAUGUUUUUCAGGUUUGUUACAUCAGGUGAAAUACAAAAGCGUUCAGAAUUUUUUCAGCCUUUUAUUAUGGGAUUGACACAUGGAACGGUUGAUCAGUUCUGCAAAUCAGCAGUUGAACCAAUGGGUGAAGAGAGUGAUCAUGUACACAUAAUUGCAUUAUCUGAUGCAUUGGGUGUGCCAAUCCGUGUUCUGUACCUCGAUCGGAGCUCUUGUGAUUCUGGUGGCAUCAGUGUAAAUCACCAUGAUUUUGUUCCUGCUUCUAAUGAUGUCUCAGGUGUUAAUGUUGGCUCUGAGAUAAAGAUCCCUUUCAUUACUUUGCUCUAUCGUCCUGGUCACUAUGAUAUUCUCUAUCCAAAGUGAUGCGCAUUGGCCACUGGCGAACCCAGGUGGGGCUCUCAAAGAUGAACUGCAUUGGCACGGCAGACAUGGAUCCAAAGUUUCGAUGAGAUAAAGGUUGGAUCUUUAUAAUUGAUGCUUGCCAGAUGCUCUGUACUGAUUUUAAAUAUAUUGUUGAGCUGUUUGAGUUUUUUUUUUAAAAAAAAAAACUAUAUUCGCCGGGUUAACUGAAAUUUGGAAUAUAUGUGAUCAGUCAUUGAGAUACAAAUAGAUUUCCUUGUGCCGAAA